GGGAAUUGAAGCUUUUUUUUUUUUAUUUCUAUCACUGGUUUUUGAUUUUCUCUCUUUCAUUUUCCUUUUUUUUUUUUCUUCCUCCCUUCACCUCUUUCUUUCUUUUAUUCAUUCUAUUCAUCAUCAUCCUUGUAUUAUAAUAAUAAUAAUAAUAUAGUGAAGAAUCAUGUCCUUUAAACCAAAACCAUUAAAUUUACAAGGCGGCCAAUGUGCUUGGUGUGGCAAGUAUGGUCAUAAAAGACCUACCUGUCCCUUGUUGAAAUAAGAAAAAAAAAAAAAAACUUUCCAUUUAUUCACCCAAUUGAUUCUCCCUCAUUUUCAGGAUUCACUGUAUGGACUUCAAGCUCGACAAGCUCCUAUCUGUUUGUUCCCUAUGUCUCUUUUUCUAUUCUUCCAUCUUCUCAUGUCUUUUUACUGUAUGAUUUUCUUGUUUUUAUAUCUCUUACCUUUCUUAUGAUGCCACUAUUAUUCCUCUUAUAUAUAUCUCAUAAUGAUGAUUCUGAUGAUGAUGAUGAUGAUGUACAUAUUUUAUUUGUUU